GUGGGCGAAUCAAAAACUUGUCUUGUUUGUGUGGAAGUGGAUCUCGCAGAACGUCUUUGGUGACGAUUUUCCCUGGUUUCGAUGAUAUUUUCGUGAAUACAUCGAAACGGAAUCAACUUUAAAUCAUGUUACAAGUGACCGCAAAGUAAAGGUAUUUAGCGUGCGCGAUAUUAAAUCUACUUACAGUUGUGCAGUUGUGAGAAAAAAUGAUUUCAAUUCAGCUGGUGAUGGCUGCUAGAAAGUGAAAAUUAUUCUCAAUAAACUGCGUGUGCCUCGGUGGUACCAUCAGCAGUGUCUGAAAGCGUAGCCUCUCUGCAGCAAAAAGUGGUAGCAAAGCAGUCGCAAAGAAGUACAAAAGAAAGAAGAGACAGACACAACACGGUGGACCAACCAGCCAGUAACAGCCAGAGACAACAACGCAGUGCAGAAAAAUUUCACUUUCUAUUUUUUAAAUUUUAUUUUUGUGACAUACCCACUUGCGUAAAUUAUUUUGAAGGUUGAUUCGGAUGUACGGAUGAUCCUACUUGACAGUGGAACAAUUCCAAGAAAAUAUCAAAAUGCAUCGUUCGUAAAUUCAAUAAUUGGGAAUCGCAAGAGUUCGAUAGAAUUGCGCAAGUGAAAGGUUCAAAAUUAGGGAAAGAAAAGUGUGAAGAAAAAAGUGAAAACUGCAGUAUGAUUGGAUGGAUGAAACUGUGAUAUUUUCAUCUGACAGUGAGGAAAUUUUGGAAGUGAAUGCGUAAAAAAAAUUGAUUCAUGCAAACUAGCCGGAGUGUUGGUGUGGUGUUGUAGGUGACGUAGGCGACACAAGUUGUCAGAAUAUCAUGUGCUAACUCUCUGGCCACUAAGAAAUCAGCUUAAGAGCUACCUAGCAUGUAAAAUUUUGUGGUGGGAAACCUGUUUUAGGGGUAGUGCGAAGAUGCGUUUUUUUGCUGAACCAAUCUGAUACAACCUGUCUGUCAGCGUGACGAACUACACUGCGGAUGGUAGACCUGGAUUGCCUGUGAAGGAAAAUUACUGGAAAGAACAAAGCGGACAAGUAACUCAGCACAGGAAGUAGUCCCGAAGUUCGUAUAAAAGAGCCUUCAAAUGGCUACAACCGAAGAUAAAAAGCCCAAUCAGGAGAAAAAGGACGAGGGAGAGAAACGGGUCGGAUGCGCACAUUAUAAGCGACGUGCCAAGUUUGUGACACCAUGCUGUAACAAAUUUUAUAUGUGCCGAUAUUGCCAUGAUGAAAACGAAACCCAUUUCUUCAACCGCAAAACGGUUACGGAACUUAUCUGCACCGAAUGCAACACGAGGCAAAGGGUGCAAGCUGAAUGUGAAAAGUGCGGUGUACAAUUUGGGCGGUAUACAUGUUUAGUGUGCAAUCUUUUCGACGACGAAGACCGGAACCAGUAUCACUGUGAUGGAUGCGGUAUUUGCCGCGUCGGAGGCCGGGGACGGUUUUUCCACUGCAAAGUGUGCAACAUGUGCUUACCAAUGCAACUCCAGGUCGAUGGUCAUAGGUGCGUCGAGAAUGUUUCACGAUCAAAUUGUCCUGUUUGCUUAGACGAUAUUCAUACCUCUCGUAUCCCUUGCCACAUUCCGGACUGUGGUCAUUUAUUACAUCGGACGUGCUUCGAAGAAUUGCUAUCCUCCGGUCAUUAUGCCUGCCCGACAUGCCAAACGUCAAUGAUGGACAUGAAUCAGUUGUGGGAAUAUCUUGAUGCAGAAGUAGCUGCAACACCUAUGCCAAAGGAGUAUGAGAACUAUAUUGUGGAUAUUCUUUGUAAGGAUUGUCACAAGGAAUCAACGGUUAAAUUCCAUGUGGUCGGUUUGAAGUGCAGUCAUUGCGGUGCGUACAACACUUGUAGAACGAAAACUAAAACUUCAGAUACGCCAGAAAAAUGCACCAGCAAUACUGAUGAACGAUCAACAAUUGGGGAAAGCAGUGGGUCUAGUUCGACAGUAGCUAGCAAUUCGUCACAGUCCCCCUCGCUCGUGACUGCAACUGCGACGAGCAGUUCCACCAUUGAUACUAGUAACAGCCACGCAAUGGCAUCAACAUCAUCUACCGGGUCCGGAGUGCCAUCGACGUCAACGGCUCAUAGUCGAACGCCUGUUGGUAGUUUAGCUUCCGCUACUGUAAGUAGUAAUUCCGACAAUGAAAGACCUCCUUGUGAUCGCAAUGCUACCGAUAGUGGCAACAGUAACAGUAGUAAUCAAAAAGCGUAAGUUACUGUUUCGAAAAUCAUCAUCAUCAUCAUGCUCUAUGGUCAUUCACUACUAAGCGGUAGCUGAUGGAUAGCAGAGAUUAGUCGUAUUUUGUUUUAUUCUGUACUAGACAAUUAUUGUAUGAAUGGUAUUUUGGGUAUGUUGACUGAGAGUAGCGAUGUGUUAGGUGAGUUCAUUCCGGCUAAUGUAAAAACAAUACUUCCAUUUCCACGCAGAAUUGUUAUAAUGGUAUUUUCUAACAAUAUGGUUAAACGCGGAAAGGAUUUUAUUUGAAUACGCUAAAAAUAUCGAGAUCCAUUUUUAUGCGCAAUACGAUUGAGUUCCAAAAUUAUACUCCAGUUUUGAGUCACCUUAUGGAAUCCAAUUGUCCAGACGAUUGAAUGUAUGGUUGACUAACAAUGUAUGUGUGGUAAUAUAUUUAUACAACCAUUUUUUUGUGAGUGUUGAUAUAUUUUGUAUAUUAUCUUUAAAAUACAGAUUUAUGUUUUAUACCAUCUCUAAAUGCCACGUUUUGUAAUGAAGUUCUUUUUUCGAUUAUGGAUCGCUAUCAACCAUUAAUUCCAUACAGAAGCAUUAAACAUUGUGUUCGACAUACCUACCUUUCUUCUAGAGUUGGUUAAGUCCCCAUUAUAUGUGAUAAUGUAUUUUUAUAUAAUAUUAUAGACAGAACCCUCCGGUUUUGAUAUAAGUUAAAACGAGAAUAUGAUAAAGUGGUCUAUCUUGCUUUUCCGAUAAUGUGGUUUUUAUGGCAGCCAUUUCCUCAAAAGUUUCUUCGCUCCGAUGUUAUUCACUUACAUAAGAUAUGAAAAGCGAAAAUAAUAGGAGGAGAAUUAAAAUUGUAGUAUGGGGCAAUGCCGAACGAAAAAUUCAACCAACAUGUCGAGAAAAAAACAAUCUAAGGAAAGCAGCGUAUCAGAAACAGUGAUAAUUUUUUUUAGCAAAGCGUUAGCCCUUAAAAGCGCAACCAAUUUUUUAAAAUUACGAACAUAUUUUUAACACCAACAAACAUAAACUUCCUUAACUUUGAUUUUUUUAAGUAACAUUGCGCAUUUAAGGGUUCACCAUUAGCAUUUCAUUACUGGCGACGUAUAUGCUGUUCUCGAAUCCACACGAAUCUCUAAUGUGAAGAUAAAACUAAUUGUACAUUUAAAGGCAAAAUAAACUCCCGAAUAAACAUCACAGCGAUAAUAAACAUCAUAUUCCAUUUUUACGGAAACAAGUUUGACAACUGAAACGGCAUAGUCUUGCGUAGUAGUUAGUUAUGAUAAUUUGUAAGUAGAAAAACUGCUUAGUUUUGCGAAAAAAUAUGUAACGGAAAAACGAAACAAUUGACACAUUUUCUUAAUAUAUACGAAGAACGUAUUUCAAAACUAAGCGAUCGUGUAGAUUCAUAAAAGAAUCACCUAUAUGAAACAGCCACUGUGACUUAGACGACUGUUAGAGUAGAUGCGACAUUAAGGAUCCUAUAUUUAGUGACAGAAAUAUAAUUUUUGCAGGACUCUAAAUUACCAAAAGCUGUUGGAGAUUGUACAUACUUUGCAUUUGACCACAUUCUGUGCUAAUAUUGUCUAAUCCCUAAAAACAGUAAAAAAAAUAAGGUACUUCUUGGCACAUUAUCUUUAUGUAAAAACGAUAGUAAUAAACUGUAAGAUAAUGUGCCUUGCCUUAGUAUUAAUAGUUUAGUAUAAGCAGCAAUGCAUUUAUCAAUUUAUCCUCGUCCAAAAAAGCGUAUUCUGGCAAACAGAAAUGUAUGGUUUUUCCUUCGUUUUUUGAGAAACUACAUAUGUGCACGCACUUUGAUGCGCAAUUAUGGAGUACUACUUACUGGUUUCGCACUGGAAGUACCAAGUACCAAGGGAGUUGAAUUUCGCCAAAAAACUAUUGAUAUGUAUUUAAUUAAAUGAUAGAUUUGGUGCCAAUUUGUUCAAAAAGUCGUUCGAAAUUCGAGAUGUAGAAUAGGAAAUCUUUGGAAAGUUGUUUGAAGGGACCAUCGCAGGAACCCAGAUUUUUUUUUAUAUGGCAUAAUUCGCUUCCAUGAGUUGAUAUCGAGUCAUAGAACAUCGACUCAUGGAGGUUUGACUGGAUACCUAUGGAAGAAACACUUUUUGAUACUAGCAUAGCAUUAUCCGUUUUGCUAGGAACAAUUCGCCUUCGACGGGGAAUAUGGUGUUUUUUUCGCUAUUGUAAAUUGAUCCGAUUGCCCAUUGCGUUCUAGAGGUAUUGGCAAAUCAUUUUCUUAGAAAAAAAUCAAUCUGUCUUUCGAACGUAAUAUUUUAACCUCUCGUUCUACAUUUUAUAAUGCGUAAGAACGGCAAAAUCUCCGUUAGGUGGAUUAAUUUGAUUUUCAUUAAUUGUUAUCUCAAUAUUCAAAUUCUAUCAUGAAGCUUCGUCUGGAAUAUCGGUCGUUUCUUUUAUUGUUCAUUCGUUUUAGAUGUUUUAAUUCUUAACCUCAAUCUUCAACAGUACCUACACGUUAUAGUGGUUUGAUAGUUUGACAAUAUCAACGAACAAUUGGUUAAAUAUGGUGACUUUAAAAUACCUUUGAAUAUAGGAUUCCUAGAUGCAGACACAAGACACGACGCAAAAAUCUCACGCAAUAUUUAAAAAAUACAACUGUUCAAUCUCUAUGAUGCGUUACAUUGCAUCUUGUCGCGUUUAUUCUAACUCGCCUCAUUAAGUUUGACGGAAGGACAACCAGGCUGAACCGCGACAGUUAUUUAUAGGAAUAGUAGUGAAUUUAUGUUGUAACAAUGAAACGAAAAUAAUCAUUAGCAAUUUCAGUAUGCUCCAAUAAAAAUGUUGAAGCGA